AUCAAGCUAUAUUAGGCUGAAAGGUGCUAUUGCAAUUUGUAUAGUUUAAGAAGACAAAACCUUUUGGCUUUCUAAGGUCUUAUAAGAGUUCCAUGGCUUGCUAUUUCUUGUUAGUCCUGCUUAUCCUUACUGUUUCUGGUGCAUCAGUGGAAGCUCAUGGCAAACUCUCACCAAACUACUACAGGUCCACUUGCCCUGAAGUGUUGUCUAUUGUUAAAGAACGAGUAAGAGUUGCCAUAAAGAAGGAAGCUCGCAUGGGGGCAUCUUUGCUCCGGUUGCAUUUCCAUGACUGCUUUGUUAAUGGCUGCGAUGGAUCUUUAUUAUUGGAUGAUACUGCCACCUUUAUAGGGGAGAAGACUGCAGCACCUAACAAUAAUUCGGUCAGGGGAUUUUAUGUGGUUGAUGACAUUAAAGCUAAAGUAGAGAAAGCAUGCCCUGGAGUGGUAUCCUGUGCUGAUAUUCUUGCCAUUGCAGCGCGCGAUUCGACUGCCAUGCUAGGGGGUCCUUCAUGGGAAGUUAAGUUAGGGAGAAGGGAUUCUACAACUGCUAGCAGGGCUGCUGCAAACAACUCAAUUCCUGCACCCACUUUCAAUAUAAGUGGUCUCCUAUUGAGCUUCGCUGCUCAAGGACUCUCAUUGGAAGACUUGGUGGCUCUUUCAGGUUCACACACUAUUGGCCUGGCCAGGUGCACAUCAUUUCGGACACACAUCUACAAUGACUCGAACAUUGAUGCCUCAUUCGCCAAGUCCUUGCAACGCAAGUGCCCGAAAUCUGGAAAGGAUAAUGUGCAUCAACCCCUUGAUUUUCAAACUCCAACUAGUUUUGAUAACCUGUACUACCACAACUUGUUGAAGAUGAAGGGUCUCCUCCGUUCUGACCAGGAGCUCUUUAAUGGCACUUCUGCUGAUUGUCUGGUAGAAGAGUAUGCCGCAGAUACUUCUGCAUUUUUUAAGGCCUUUGCUAAAUCUAUGAUCAAAAUGGGCGACAUCAAGCCUCUCACGGGAAGCUCUGGAGAGAUCAGGACCAACUGCAGAAAAGUCAAUUGAAAGAUUCUUGCCUGGAAAAUGUAAUAAGAAACUACAAUAUGUGAUAUGUCUAGUAACUGUUAGAAAAGCUGCUUUAUGAUCAGUUGAUCAUAAACAGUGAAAAUAAUAGCUUUUAGUUUUCCUGAUUGCUUAAAGCCUUGAAUUAUGUGAGUAUAUAUGAUUAUGAUUA